AUGUUAAAUUCAAGUUAGUAUAUUAGUAUUAAGAAUUAUCUAGACACUUCAAUCUUAAGUAUAUUCAGAAAAUUAUUAAGGCAAUUCAAUUUUAUGUUUACUGUCAUUCGAAUCAAAGGAAUAUUAAAGUGAGAUAUAAAAUAAUUAAAAAUAAAUUGUUAUGUAUAAUUAACUACAAUUAUAAAAAAAUAAAAAUUUAAAUAAGGAAUACUAAUCUGAAAUUGAGGUGCUCUUCACCUAUUCUUGUUACAAUUAUUGUGUCUAGUGUCUUCAUAUUUCAAACUUUCUUAUUUAUCAUUUAGUAAUUUAUUUCUGGGUGAAAGCUUAUAUAUAUUAUUCUAAUCAUUGUGUAAGAAAUCACUUUCAUGCAUUUCGAACUAAAAAAGCAUCCUGUUAAAUAAAGAAUGCAAAAACAAAUCUAAGUAAAGUACUAUUUGGUCUUUUUAACCAAUAAGGGAAGGUACAUGUGUAUAUCAAUUUCCAUACUUUUUUUCAUUUUUCUUUCUUUCAUUGUUCUUCUGCUUUUCAUUUUUUCCUUGUGAUGGAGAAAGCUUUUAGAAGAAAACCAAAUAUUCUAAGCUUAAGCAAGUUGAGUGACUUUAGCCUGCUUUGGUGA